AUUGGCCAUUCAAGUUGAUGACAUUCUCAAACAAGAAGACGAUAUUUAACAGUGCAAGCGCUUCUCUAUUCCUUAUCUCAUUUCCAUCGCUUCGCUUGUGACAUCGAGAGUCUUCCGACGAUUUCUCUCUAGCAAAGGAAUUUCUCUUUGCAAAAGAUAUUCCUUUUUUUUCGCCACGAUCUAAGUAGUCCCCGAUUAUUCCGACUAGCUACCCGAGACCAAGUUGAUGCCGCCUUUCUAAAGUGCUUUCUCAUCGAUUGCUUCUACACCAUGAUACCCACCCUCAUGACAAACCUCACUUCUCGAAACUAAACGAAACCCUUCACCAUUCGACAAUUAGCCUACGCCCUUUGUCAUCUCCUUCAGCCCGACCUACCCACCUCAAUUCUCGUUAUCGUCGAAAUUCUCCUCUUUGCCACUUAAUACUCACAACCACUCACCAUGGCCCGACGAUCGAGCAAGAGCUCAGCGUCUCGCCCAGCGCUGAGCUCCCGUCCAGCUGGCUCAAUACGCAUCGUGAUGCCUUCAACCAAAAACGCACCUCCAGCAGACCCUGCGCCCGCCGUCACAGAAGAAGAUGUCAACAAGAUCAAUAUCGCCGACUUGACCCUCGACGUCCCUCUCAUUCCUCUCCGCCCAAAACGCCGAGUCCCAAAAACCCCUUUUCACUUUCUCUCACUUCCCGCCGAAGUGCGCAUUCAGAUUUACACAUACUUCUUCGACGAUGUCGAUACGCUUUUAGAUCUCGGUCCUCAGAAUUAUAAGCGCGUGCAUAAGAAACUAGGUCUUAUGCGCGUUUGCAGACAGGUUCAUGAUGAGGCGACUUUUGCGUUUUAUAGUACACGGACGUUUCGAUUGUUUCCGACGUACCCUGGAAAAUACUUCAAAAGCAAGAAGCCUCUGCUGGCGAGGUUGAAGCCACAGCAGCGCAAGUGUGUUACGUCGCUUGAGUUAAGACUUGGCCCGGGAUGGAAUGCGCCGCCCAGGGGAUGGGUUGUUAACCCCGCGCUGGGGCUCUCCGACUGUGUUGAUGUUGAGCGCUUGAACGUGUUUGUGGAGUGCGACCCCAGCGACAACAUCUUCCAGGGUUGGCGUCGCUCAGAUGGAUUCUACGAGGGCUUCAGCCGGAAUCUACUUACCGAUGUCUUAGAGGCUCUGCCAUCCGUUCAUACCGUCCAGUUCGACGGUUGGACCAGCGUCAAGAAGUCUGGCGAUAUGAUGCAGGGUCUCAUGGGCGUCGUCAACGAAGCUGGUCUAGCCAUUGAAUGGGGUCCUGAGAGAGGAUGGACGGACACAUCUGUUGACGAAGAAGAUGAAACCCAGAGGGUGGGCUAUCCUGAAGGAUUUCCUCAUCCCGGAUAUGAGGCUCAUGGUUUACUGGCUUUGGCCUAAGUGUACGAUUCACACGACGGAGAGCUUUGGCUCAAAUGAGAUUUACGUAGCGGACUUUUAUACUGGUAUGCAGCAGAUAACACAUAUACUCUUAGCCUUUUUCAUAAGAUGAAUACUUUAG